GUCUUUGCAGAUAAUGACAACUAACAACCUGAGGAGUGUUUAAUGCAGUCGGUCACUUAUAACCUUGCAGUAAAUGUAGCGAGCAUUCACAUUCACUCAGUAGGCUGUUUAUAGCUGUAGGAUGUGGCAACUCAGACCGGGACCGUUGUGGCUAGCUGGGUGUCGGAUUAGCUAAUGCUCAGUGCUGCGUUCAUGUUUUGUUUUUGUUUUGUUUUUUUGUUUUGUGUGUGUGUGUAAAACGAUUUAGUAACGAGUAUGCAUUCAAUAACGCGGUUCGGUUUGAUUUUUUUGGUGACACGGUGAAUGCAAUCCGAACGUUCGUACUAAGGUAAAACGGGCAAAAAGCGAGAAGAGUUGUAGCCUUGGUUACCCGUGUGUUUGCGGUCGCUUGGGCGGUUUUGUGGUCUCAUUGUGGUUUGAAGUUGAUUUUAGAUCCUGUCUUUCCGUCGAUCCGGUGCGUUGAGGAAUUAUUACCAACAUGAAUCCGAUUCGGUAAUUGUAAAAUCCAAUCGCGGGCAAAUGAAUGCUAGUUCUCUCAACGCCGAAAACAGAACCCUUCAACAUUAAAGGACUAAUGAAGUUGCUGCCGGUCAGUAGGGUCAUUUUGGUUCUGAUGCGGAUUGUCCUGGUGGUGGGCUUUCCCUGACACUCCUCUUGAAAGAACAAAAGGAAAUUUGUGUCAAGAAGUGUGUGCAAUCCGCUUGUCCCCAACAUGUCAAAAAGCAAGAGUUCAGAGUCAGUGAAAGUAGUGGUUCGGUGUCGUCCAAUGAAUGAGAAAGAACAGGCAGCCACGUUUGAGUGUGUUGUGUCUGUUGAUGUCAAAUUUGGACAAAUAAUCGUCAGGAACCCCAGGGGAGCUUCUUCUGGUGAACUCCCCAAAGUUUUCACAUUCGAUUCGGUCUAUGACUGCAACUCAAAACAACUAGAUUUAUACGAUGAAACGUUUAGACCCCUUGUGGAUUCAGUUCUACAAGGAUUUAAUGGAACCAUUUUUGCAUAUGGACAGACAGGCACAGGGAAAACGUACACCAUGGAGGGUGUAAGGAAUGACCCUGAAAGGAGAGGAGUGAUCCCCAACUCUUUUGACCACAUCUUCACUCAUAUUUCAAGAUCUCAGAAUCAGCAGUACCUGGUGCGAGCAUCAUAUCUCGAGAUAUAUCAGGAGGAGAUCAGAGAUUUGCUCUCCAAGGACCAAUCACGGCGUUUGGAGUUGAGAGAGAGACCGGACACUGGCGUGUAUGUUAAGGACCUGUCAUCGUUUGUCACCAAGAGUGUUCGGGAAAUCGAAAAUGUCAUGAACGUGGGCAACCAGAAUCGCUCGGUGGGCUCCACAAACAUGAACGAACACAGCUCCCGUUCUCAUGCCAUCUUCGUCAUCACUGUAGAAUGCAGUGAAUUGGGAGUGGACGGGGAGAACCAUAUCCGAGUUGGCAAGCUCAAUCUGGUGGAUCUAGCUGGUAGUGAAAGGCAGACCAAGACGGGGGCUCAGGGGGAGAGGCUGAAAGAAGCUACCAAAAUCAACCUGUCACUUUCUGCUUUGGGGAACGUCAUAUCAGCUCUUGUGGAUGGCAGGAGUAGCCACAUACCCUACAGAGAUUCGAAACUGACCCGCCUUCUACAGGACUCGCUUGGGGGCAACGCCCGCACUGUCAUGGUCGCCAACAUUGGACCAGCAUCUUACAACGUAGAGGAGACUUUAACAACACUGCGCUACUCCAACAGAGCGAAGAACAUUAAGAAUAAGCCCCGCGUCAAUGAGGACCCCAAGGAUGCUUUACUCAGGAAGUUUCAGGAGGAAAUUGCGAGACUGAAGGCCCAGCUGGAGAAGCGGACAGGAAAGAAAAACAAGAGGAGGCAAAAGAGGAGGGCUGGCGAUUGCAGCAAUGGAGAUGGCCGAGAUGAAGAGAGUGAGGAUGACGACGACGAGGAUGAAAACAAAGGGGAUUAUUGGAGGGAGCAGCAGGAGAAUCUGGAGAGGGAGAGGAAAGCUAUCAUGGAGGAUCACAGCCUAGUGGCUGAGGAGAAGGUUCAACUCCUGAAGGAGAAGGAGAGGAAAAUGGAAGACCUAAAGAAGGAGCAAGAAGCAGGAGACAUGUUGUCAGCCAAAGUUAAGGCAAUGGAAAGCAAACUUUUGGUCGGGGGGAAGAACAUAGUGGAUCACACCAAUGAGCAGCAGAAGAUGCUGGAGCUGAAAAGGCAGGAAAUUGCUGAACAGAAACGGCGAGAACGAGAGAUGCAACAGCAAAUGGAGUGUCGAGAUGAGGAGACUCUGGAGCUGAAGGAAACCUACAGUUCUUUACAACAAGAAGUCGACAUUAAAACCAAAAAACUGAAAAAGUUGUUUGCCAAACUGCAGGCAGUGAAGGCUGAAAUCCACGACAUCCAAGAAUUGCACAUCAAUGAGCGUCAGGAGUUGGAACAGAACCAGAAUGAGCUCACUAGAGACCUUAAACUCAAGCAUCUUAUCAUUGAGAAUUUCAUUCCAUUAGAAGAGAAGAACAAAAUAGUCAACAGGGCUUUCUUUGACGAGGAGGAUGAAUACUGGAAGAUGAGACCCAUCACACAUAUUGAAGAUGAUCAUCAGAUGAUCAGCAGGCCUCAGUCUGCAAUCGGGUUCAGAAGGCCUCUCAGUAACCAUGCUCGGACGGCCAUGAAGGAUAGUCCAGACGUGAGAUACAAAGCUGAGAAUAUCCUGUUGCUAGGCAUGGACAUGCCGUCCCGGACCACCAAAGACUAUCAGCGGCCGGUUAUUGCCCCUAAGGUAGCAGCAGCUCUGGAGGAUGCUCUGAAGAAUGAGGAGGAUCUUCAGGUUGAUGCCUCUGGAUUUAAUAGUAGCUUUGCCCAUCUAGCCAGUGCUAGUGGAAGCCUCAGGAAACCAAAGUCUGGUCGCCCAAGAACAGGCAAACAAUCAAAUACUUGGACCUCUUCAUUCAGUGUUCACAAUCCAGCAUCCCCAAUUUAUCCACAAUCCCGCGGGCUGGUACCCAAGUGACAGCUGCAAUCUACCAACAACCUCUCCUAUGCACCUUCCCAAUUUAGAGCUGAGAGAAGGAUGCCUUUUAUUUUGCCUAAGGCAACGGUAUCGUGGAGUCGGCAAAAGGCAAGAGAAAUUGUUACUGCUGCUUUGUAGAAUUGAAAUUGUAACCACUAUUUGCUAUUAUGAGGUGCUUUUCAUUCCUGGCUGUAUUUAAAGAACCUUUAUCGUGAGUGCAAGGACUCAUGCCAUUUAAAACGGCAUCCUCUUAAAUCUGGCUAAAAAAAAUUCUAUAUGUGUGUUUUAGUGUUCUUAAUGCCUAUAAAACAUACAUUGGUUCUUCAUAGCAGCAGAUGCACCUGCCUAAUAUCGCAAAUGACCUCUUAUUGACAUCAAGACAGCUCUAGUGUGGAUGCCGGAAUCCCUGUUCAACACAUUCCACAGAUUAAUUAAUCAAUUUGGAUGUGGGGAGAUGAGGCCAAGUCAAUACCUUUUGUGUUCCAUGAAUAAAGUUAGCAAUGAUUUGCAGGUGAAUUUGAUCUGGUGAAAGAGCCCACAGCUGUCAGACAUCCCUCUGCAUGUUGGUGGUCUCCAUUGCAAGUGAAGCUACAUGUCAAAGUAAAACCAUAUACCGUAAUUCCCGGCCUAUAGAGCGCACAGGCUUACAAGCCUCACCGAGUACAUUGGUAAAGGAAAUACCAUUUGGUAUAUACACAAGCCACACCUGUGUAAAAGCUGCAAGUGCCCACAUUGAAACCCACAUUGAAACACGAGAUAUUUACAAAGAAAGACGGUACACCGAGAGUUUAAUGCUUUGUGCCGCUUUAACGCUAACGGCGCGCUAACAAAGCCGCUUUAAAAAAAAAAAAACAUACCGGUAAAAAGCUCUGAGACACGGCAGCAACACUCUCGUGGAGCACUAACAGGGCCGGACCGGUAAAAGUCACUUACUCGGCACAUAUAUUCCACCACUCACUCUUACAAUUUCCGCUCGAGUGCCCCCUCGCGGCUGUUGGGAAAAAAAAAGGCACAAAUUAGCCGCAUAAACCGUAGGGUUGAAAGCGUGUGGGGAAAAAAGUUGCGGCUUAUAGGCCGGAAAUUACGGUAGUCGUGCUCGCCGUUAUUGGCACCCAUGAACUUUAAGUGCUAAAUGUAGAAUACGUCCUGACGAAAAUAAAUGAAGUGAAACCAAAUGUUUCUAAAGAUUGAAGAGCCAAUUAUAUCAUUUUAUGAACAGAUGAAAACAAAAAGCAGGCUUUAUGUUUACAGACAGCGCAAUGAGAGCUUUAAGGAGAAAAUGUUACAUCUGAUACUGGAGGCCUCGAGUUUAUCACAUAUAAAAUCAGAAUAUUGUCUUAGCUAGUGUGAGAAAAUUUGGUUUCAGAUGAAGACCAUGGGUCCCCCAGCAAGAUAAAGACCCAAAAGCACACAGGAAUGGUUGAAAAGGAAAAAGUGAAUCCUGAUCUCAGUCCAGUUGCAAAUUUUGGGGGGGGAGAAGAAAGAUGCCGUUGCAGAAGACCCCCGAAAUGUUCCAAAUUGUGACCAAAUUGCAUCGGAAGAGUGGGAGGGGAAAAAAAACACCAGAGAAGUCCGAAAAACUUAUCAGUCGAUUCACAAAAUGCUGCCUCAAGGUAUGCAACCAAAUACUGAGGGGAGACAAUAUUGCUGCAGUUAUUUUGCUUUCCAUGUGAAAUUUUAAUAUCCAAGAUGCCAAAAAAAAAAAAAGUUGUUAAAUUACUUUGGACUACCAAUUAAAAGAUACUGAUCAAAUAAGUUUAGUACAUUUCCCUUUGUGUCUGAAGCUAUUAAAGUUAUUAUCCAGGCUGUGCCAAAAAAUGAAGGGGUGCCAAUAACGAUGAGCAGGACCAUAGGUUAGAUGUUCGAACCAAGGUUUCUGAGCGUGUACCUAACCAGCCGCAUAAUGUCAAAUGCAGUUUUAACAGGGGCCACACGACAGCUUCAGCCAAAUGUGAGGCACGAUCUUGUGUAAAAGCACUUUCUUUGCGGAAUACCCACCGACAGAAUCAAGAGCUUUUCCUUCCCACGCGCAUUUAACCAACUCUAGAGCUCAUCACUCUGUGGAUGUUUUCCAAGUUGUACUUGAGACCACUUUUAUAGGCUGUGCAGAGCGACAGCUUGUUUUUCUGGUGUGACGCAGUCGUGUCCAUUUUCCUGCUUUUGUUGGCGUUUAGGGAAAAAAAUGUUCACUCCCCGCCUAACGUCCUGCGCACCGAAAGGGAGCGUUUUAAUGAGAUUGUUCACCUUACCUUUCUGAGGUUAUAAAUCUAUGGCUGAAGUUUCAAGAUGUUAUUUUUUUUUUUUUUUCAUCUUUAUGACCUGCAAUUAACGUUUGAAUGACUGAGAGGAAUAACAACGCUAGAACAAACACUAGUGAGCUAUAAACUUUAAUUACCAUUCUC